AGGCAGAUACGACCCCACCUAUUUUGUGUAUACGCCAUCAAAAAGGUGCAAAAGACAAUUUUCUGAAGUUGGCAAAAAUAGAUAAAAAGAAUAAAAGAAAUAUGUCGGACUAUCGUUCUCAAUCUCGCGGCGGCGGACGUGGAAAUAAUCCGGAAUACUCCAAUGACGAUGAUCCUCCAAUGUCGCGUUUGUUUAUCAUCUGCAACAAGGCUCAUACAGAGGAGGAUUUCCGGGAAGCCUUUUCUCCCUUUGGAGAGAUUGACGACAUAUGGGUGGUGAAAGAUAAGCACACACAGGAGAACAAGGGCAUUGCCUAUGUUAAGUUCGCAAAGACUUCCGAUGCGGCCAAGGCGCAGGAGGAGAUGAAUGGCAAAACUAUCGGAAAGAUGGAUAGGACACUUAAGGUCCUAGUGGCGGCAAACCGGAACCAGGGUUCCAACAAAUCUGAGAACGAACAUGAGAAGUACGUGAGACUGUUCAUAGUGAUUCCGAAGACUGCUACGGAGGAGGAUAUCCGUGAUGAGUUCGCUCAAUGGGGCGAUGUGGAAUCGGUGACCAUUGUAAAGGAGAAAAACAACGGACCCCCAAAAGGCUUUGGCUAUGUCCGCUUCACCAAAUUUUACUACGCCGCUGUGGCCUUUGAAAACUGCUCCGCGAAAUACAAGGCUGUGUUUGCUGAGCCUAAGGGGUCCACUCGAAACCAGAGGGAUCAAUAUGGGCGCUUGCCUGAUGACAACCCCAUGUACGGCGGCUCUGGGCGCGGUGGCAAUAAUUACAAUGGCGGUGGAGGUGGCAGUGGCGGAGGCGGUAGCUUCAACAAUGACUGGAAUGUGUCUUCCAACAACGACAUGUCCGCAUUUCUGCGAAUGCAAAAUGUGCCGGUCGCACAACCCUCUUGCCUGGAGGUUGUAGUCAGCACGUGCGUUAACCAGGACCAGCUUUGGCGUCUUUUUGAUAUUAUUCCCGGCUUAGAUUACUGUCAGAUUAUGCGUGAACAUGGUCCCCGCACCAAUGAGGCCUUGGUUGUGUACAAUAAUCCCGAAGCUGCCAUCUACGCCAAGGACAAACUUCAUGGACUGGAGUAUCCUGUAGGCGAACGUAUUAUCGUUAAAGUCAACGGCAUGAGCUCGGCUCGGAUGGACACCUCCUUUAUUGACAAACGCACCAAAAAGGAUGCGAUAUGCAGCGUACCGCUGCCUCCCUCUCAGCCGCUGGCCUCGCCUGAUGCCCAGAUUGCUCAACGCCUUUUCAUAGUACUCUCAGCGAAUCUGCCGCAUUCCAUUUUGAAGAACGUAUUCUCGUGCUGGAGUGGCCUGAUUGAUGUUUACCUGCUUCCAAACAAGAACUGCGGCUACGUCAAGUAUGCGGAGGCGGAAAGCGCCCAAAUGGCAAUAAGCGUCCUUAAUGGAGCCGAGAUCUGUGGUGCCAAGAUAAAGGUUAUGGAAGCUGAGGAGCGCAGUGGUUCUGGCGAUGACAAUGAUAAUGGCCGCAAGCGUCUGAGGCGAAACUAAGCACCUUUGACAAGAAAGAACUUACAGAGAACGCAUUGUACGAGUACGAAACUUACUUCAGAGAACCACAUACAGACCAACGCAAAAAAAAAAAUAACCACUUAAACC